GCGCUGCUGAUCGCUCACUCCGAGGUGGGCAAACGAUGCUGCCGCCCUCGCAGAUGUGACUGAUGAAAGAGAUGAAUUCAUCUACCUCGUCGAUGAUCCUGCUGAUCUGUGGCCUCUGUUACACGUCCAUCCAGGCCUUCAUCGUCAGCCCGCCGCCGCUCAGCAGCGAUGAAGGAGGAAGGCAGACAAGGCUCACGAGGCUCAGCAGAGGCAGAGGCAACAGUGGGUUGAGUCAUAUGCGCUCCCUGAGCCCAGCAGCAGCCCGUCUGAUCAGGCAGAAGAAGAGGGGGCAGAGCAACAAGGAAGAUCCGUCAGCGGCCACGGCCGAUGAGAGCGCCGGCAGUGGAGGGCCGUCCCCAUCUCUCAGUGAAGACAACGAGAGCAAUGCUGUGGAUGAGCUCACCUUCAAUGAGGGCGACGUCUGGACAGCGGACUUGCCGAGCAAACCCUCGCCUUUCAGGCGGGUGGCGGAGAGGCGGAUGGCGCAGCUGCAGAGGGAAAAGAGGCAGGGGAAGGCUGACGCGGCGAGCGCCGCUUCGGGAGAGGAGGACAGAGUCGACGCCCUGGAGUACUGCAGGCGGCAGAUGGUGGAGAAUGAUAUCGACCUGUACUUCAUGACGAGCAGCGACGAGCAGAUGAACCGCCGGCCAACGCGAUUCAAUCAGCGAUUGAAAAGGCUAACCGGAUACACGUAAGCGGGCAGAGAGAACACGCAGUCAGGCCUGUGUGUGCAUCCCGACGUGCCGCGCAUGUCUGUGUGCACGUGUGUGUGUGUCAGCGGCAUGGCGCUGGCGAUCGUGGGCCGCGAGGAGGGGAGGGCGCAUCUGUGGAAUAUGGACAGGAGGAGGGCAGAGAUGUACAUCCACACCGACAAGUGGGGCGUCACAAAUCUGCAGAUAGACCUGCCGAACACCGGCUCGUUCGACAAGGAUGUGUUUGACAAGCCGCCGUCGGUGGAGGAGUGGCUCGGCAAGUACGGCAAGGACGGCAUGCGAGUUGGGAUCAACCCUCUGACCACAACCAUCGGCGAGAUGCAGAGGUACGCAUCUGUCUUGUGUACGUCACGAACAUCCACACAGCAGCAGUGAGUGCAAUGGGUCUUUUCUUUCUUCUCGUAGCUUGGCUGAGACUCUUAAUGGCUUCGAAAACUGUCAAAUCUUGUUUGUCGAGGACGAUCUUUUGCCACCCUCCCUCGCUGAGGAGACCCCUGUCGACCCGAUCCACUGCAUCCCUCCCGGGUACAUCCGCGCCACGCCGGCCGACCACAUUGCGCGGAUCCACCAGAUAAUGAACGGGUCGGCCUCCCUGAUGCUGCUGACCGACCCUGAGGAGAUUUCCUUCUAUUUGAAUGUGAGGGCAACCGACUUCGAGCAGCUGCCGGGCGUCCGCCACGGGUUCUAUGGCUACAUGGUCAUCAGCCACCCCACCACCGGCACCAGCGACCACCCACCAGCGAGGCUCUACGUGGCGCCCGAGCGGCUGGAUGAAGAGGCAAAGGCCUACCUGUCAGCUUACGGCGUCGAGGCCCGCCCUUACGAUCCUCUUGUCGGCGACCUUCGUCCUCUACUGCAGCAGCAGGUUGAGACGAGGCUAUGGAUCCCACCAGACAGCAACAUGGCCAUUUAUCGCUCACUUCUAGGCCUCGCGGACACGCCUGAGGCCUCCGUGAGCGACGUGGCCGAGACCAUCAACAAUCCUCCAUCGCCCAGGAUCACCAUCCGCCCCUCUCCCGGCCUGCAUCUUCCCGACGUGGCAUCCAAGGCCUACGGACGGGCAGAUCUCUCAUCGCCCUUCUACCAAACGUACACACCGAAGAGAGUGGAUGGGCAGGGGCCGCUGGCUGGCGAGUUGUCACCCCUGUCGCCGUCCGUCAUCGCGGGUGUGACAACGCUUAGCAAGGAGGAGAGGGAGAAGAAGCUGCAGGAGCUGAUCGAGACCAAGAGGGAGGUGCGCGGCGAGACCAAAACCACAACCACAACCACCACCGCACAGAAAAGUGAGCGGGGGAGGCAGACAGGGAGAGGGAGGGAGAAUGCAUACACACACACCCAUUGAUUCAACAAGCCCUUCUCAAUCGUCUCCCCGCGUAUCAUUCAGGGGCGCUUGCCCAAGCAUCUAGCCAGUCGCGUCUGCAUCCCGACGAGUCUGCCACCUCCCUCCCCAGCUGGUCGCGCCUGCUGGGCGGGGCGCUGCCCAGCCGGGACGACCAGGAGGACGAGCUCGAGAAUGAGAUCUCGAAGUACAUCCUCGACUACAGGCGGCCGACUGAGGAGCUGAGCGAGAUCGGGGAUGACGACCGUGAGGAUGGCGGGCCUGACGGGGCGCUGCCGAGGGUCAAGUGGCGGGACGUUGUGGGGCUUGAUGAUGUGAAACGAAGGUGCGUGUCCUGGUUGGGGAGGGGCGUCGCAGCUGUGCAUUCAUUCGCAGCCGUGCGGUGCGGUGCAUGCUGGCUGCAGCUUGCUGGAGCUGAUUGUACUGCCUGCCCUGAACCCGUCCUUGUUCACCGGCCUGCGGACACCAAGCCGUGGUCUCCUUCUUUUCGGACCGCCAGGUAAGUGGUGGAUCGGGGAGGGAGGGAGGGAGGGAGGGAACCAAGGGAGACAGACGGCACACACAGAAAGAUGCCCCACACACUGUGUUUGUCGACCCCUGCCCGUGGCUGCCCAGGAAACGGCAAGACGUUCGCCGCAAAGGCAGUGGCAGCACAGGUAGAGCGGAGAUGAAGCGACACCUGCAGAAGAAGGACGCAUCAUCGUGAUGUGUGUGGCAUGACAGUGUAACUCCACGUUCUUUCUUGUCGACGCCGCCUCACUGACGUCGAAAUGGUACGCCACUGAGACCUAACUGACCGCUCAGUCCUCUCCCUCCCUCCCUCCCUCUCUCCCUCCCUCCCUCCCUCCUUCCCUUCCCUUAUGUGUCACGUCUGUUGUGUGCAUGUGUGCAGGUAUGGCGAGUCCGAGAAGCUGGUUCGCGCGUUGUUUCGUGUGGCGCGUGCGCGUUCCCCCUCGAUCAUCUUCCUGGAUGAGCUCGACAGCCUCCUGUCGGCACGCGACACGGGAGACCGGGGCGUCAGCAGAAGAAUGAAGUCAGAGUUCCUUGUGCAGCUCGAUGGCGUCACCGCCGGCAACGACCCAAGCGACGCGAGGGUGCAGUUUAUCGGUGCCACAAACAGGCCUAUGGAUCUUGAUGAGGCGUUGCUGCGUCGGCUGCCCAAGCGGCUGAUGGUUCCCUUGCCUGACGACAGGGGGCGGGAGGCGCUGGUCAGGAAGCUCUUGCGCGAGCACCCCGAAGGCCAUGCACUCGCAGAUAGCGACUUCAACUUCGUAAGUUAGCAAACACCAGCCACACGUGAUCACGGCGGCAGGCCGACACACCCAUGAAUGUGUGUGUGUGUGUGUGUGAUGCAUGGCUUCAGCUGGCACUUGAGACCGAUGGCUAUUCGUAUUCUGACAUCACCCAGCUGUGCCGGGAGGCCUCAUUGGCGCCCGUCCGUGACGCCCUCAUGACGUCGGUUGAUCUCGAUGCUGGCUUGGACGGGGCUCAUCAGGAGGCGAUAUCGUCACUGAGUGGGGCCGAUCUAAGGCCGCUGCGGAUGGGGGACCUGCUGGCGGCAAAGGAGAGGAUCAGAGCCACCACAUCCGAGGACACUGUGCGGGAGCUGCGGGAGUGGGACGCCAAAUUUGGAGCCAGCCGGAUGUAGUGUGGAGAAUGGGCACUUGGAUGUGUGUUGAUCGAUCGCUGUGUUGAGACAGUAGCGUGUGUGUGAGUAUGCUGCACAUAGCUAUGCUUUGUGUGUGGUUCGAAGACAGACAGACAGACAGACGGACAGAGGAUGGGAUGUCCAAUAUUGUGCGAGCAAGUCAGCGAUGGAUGAAGGAAGGGGUGGCUUACUCAGCGUAAUGUAUGUGAGUGGAUGGGUGAACUGCGUGCGUGGCGACUCAACGAAUAUUUGUC